AUGGGUGAUAAUCUAGAUAAAAUAUUUUCUAAGAAGGAACGAUUUUUCAAAGAAAUAAUUGAAACGAACUGCAUAUUCGUGAAGGCGCUAAAUAACUGGGUUGGCACGAAUUACAUCGCGAGGUUGAAGCUGAAAAAGGAAUCCCUCAAGCUGACGCCCAAGUUGUUGAUAAACCGGACAAAGUCGAAAGCCAGCCGCUGCCGAGUGUGCGGAUUUGCGAUCGAAAAGAACAACUUACGUAUAGGAUACCCGACGAAAGACCCCAGGGGAAACUACGGUUUUAUAAGUUGCUGGGUCCACCUGGACUGCAGCAAAAAAAUCCUGUACGCCAUUUUGUACACACAAGAAAAUGAGCCACACUUGAAGGAGUACCUAAACAACUCGGAACAAACGGUGUGUGAGGGGAACUACAAUUUGCAUGAACAGUUCAUAUAUGAAAACAUAAACUGGGCAUUUUUUUUUGGAGGAUUUGACGAACUGGAUGAUAAAGAAAAAGAAAAGUUAAAGGAAACGGCCAAGCCGUUUGAAAUAAAGAAUGAGAUGAGGGGGAGGAACAGUUUUGAAGUGCUGAUAAAUCAGGAGAAGGAAGCAUUCAACUCGAGCAGUUUGAUUAAGCAAGAAAGUCGAGUUAUCCAAAAUAAAUUAGAAAUUCCGAAGGAGCUUAAAUUUGAUUUGUUGGAAUAUCAGAAGGAGGGAGUGUCAUGGAUGAUUAACCAGGAACAGUCCAGCGUUAAGGGGGGCAUCUUGGCUGAUGAAAUGGGAAUGGGGAAAACCAUACAGGCUAUUACGCUAAUUUUGUGCCAGAAAAUUAAUAAAUUAAAGGGGGAAGCGGAGGGGCACUGCAAGCAAGGCGUCAGCGAGGAGGAAAAAAUGGAGUGCGCAGCGGGUGGUCAGGUCAAAGUGAAGGAGGAAUCGGACAGCAGCGUGGUGGUUAUUAACAGCGUGGGCGGAAGUUCCGAGGAUGCAGCGAGUGUUAAGAAGGAAAAGCCUAACAAGAGAAACUCCAAGAAGGGAGCACCCCGAAAAAAGGGCACCCCUAAGCAGGAACCCCCUCACAAGGGCAACCCCAAGAGCGAAACUGCGGAAGACCCUCCGCAAGCUAAAAAAGACGAGAGCCAAGGACAGACACUCAUCAUUGCCCCCAUUGCAGCGGUAAUGCAGUGGAAAUCAGAGAUAGAAAAAUUCAUCCAGGGAGAUAUCCUUAAAGUGUACGUGUAUCAUGGAAGUGUGAAAAAAAUAUCAUUUGAAGAACUGAAAAAAUAUGAUAUCAUUAUUACGUCUUAUGCCAUGGUAGAAGUUCACUUUAGAAAAAUAAUUAACAAGUACAAAAUUUCUUGUGAGUAUUGCGGUAGGUUAUAUCUCCCCAACACGCUGGUGAUUCAUAAAAAAUAUUUUUGUGGGCCAGAUGCUGUAAGAACGGAAAAGUUAAAAAAGAGAAAAAAGAAAAACAAAGACACUGCACUGGUGGCGAUGAAAAAGUUUGACGAUAAUUUUGUGCCGACUCCAAGAAAUGUCCUGCUGGAAAUAAUGAAUGAAGGUAAAAGGGACAGUAAGGGGGACACUUGUGAAGAGGUCCAUUCGAGGAAGGGGGGGAAUCAUGUCAGCGGGAGAAGCGGCAAAAGUGGAAGAAGCGGAAAAAGCGGCAAAAGCGGUAGAAGCGGAAAAAGUGGAAGAAGCGGUAGAAGCGGCAAAAGCGGAAGCGAUGCCAUUAUUCUCAGCUCGGGGGAGGAUCCCCAAGAAAGCGACAGCAGCUCCGCGUCGAGCAAGCCGGUGUAUUCCCCCCUGACGAGGAAAACGUCCAGCAGAGUAAUAGACCUGUGCAACUUAGGAUUCGAAAAGGACGUAAUUGACAAAAGGGUCAGCAGCACACACAAGGGAAAGGGCAGAAAGAAAAAAUACAUAAAAUGGAAUGAAGUCAUCAAGGAUAUAUUGCAAAACGAGCUGUACACCGUCGAUAUGAAUAGCCGCUGUAAGGACGUGCUGAAGGAAAUUUAUUUAAGUGAUAGGGCCAUAGAACAGGAGGAGUUGAAGAAGUUAAACAUGGGGGAGCUGAAAGUUCUGCUGAUAACGAUGGGGAAACAUAUUUUUGGAACGAAGGUUGAGCUCAUCAACAGGGUUUUAGUUUCGGCCAGGUAUAUAAGGCAAGAACUGAUGGUGGGGAAGGGGGAAGUGCAGAGUGAGGUGACGUCCAUAUCGGAGGGCAGAGAGAAGGGGGCGCUGAGUAGUAGGAGCAGCACCGUUUCGAGCGCAGCAGGAUUGAGGAUGACGCGUAGUAGCAGCUGUGGUGGUGGCAGAAGUGGGAAUGGCAGCAGUGGCGAUGGCAGAAGUGGCCGUGGCAGCAGUGGUGGUGGCCGAAGUGGCGGUGGCAGCAGUGGCCGUGGCAGCAGUGGUGGUGGAAGUGCCUCUCAUGUGGGUGAUCCCCUUGAUGGUGAGGAUAACCGUGGCGAGGAAAACGGAACGGCGAAGCGGAGCAAAAGUGGCAGAGUAGGCCGGGGCGGGGGGAAAGGUAACCACGUCAGGAGGAAGACAACGGGUGGGAGUUCCUUUACGUUGAGGAAAGCCAAGGAGGAGAAGUCCACAGUUAAGCGGAGAAACAGUGCGACCGCCAAGGUAAAGUUGAAACGGAGAAGGAAAAGCAAUAGUAGUGUAGUCGACGCGAGUGCCAGCCCAAGCGACAGCGAUGAAUCGUUUAGGAUAGAUCAACUUGGCAGCGACGCAGAAGAAUCGUCGUCUUUUUCCUCCUGGGAGAGCAUUGCGGAGAAGGAAGACACAAGCGAUUCGUACAACUCGGCUGGAUCGUACGGUUCGAUCAUAGUUGAAAAAGCGAAAAGGAAAAGAAAUAAUCAGAAAAAUGGUGAAGCGAGCAUAUUUGAUGAAAGUGCAUUGCACCAGAUACAGUGGAAUAGGAUAAUUCUAGAUGAAGCACACAGAAUAAAAAAUCGAAAUACAUCAACGACACAGUCGAUUUUUAAUUUGAAAUGCUCAGGGUAUCGUUGGUGUUUGACAGGAACUCCAUUACAAAACAGAAUCGGAGAGUUAUAUAGCUUGAUCAGAUUCCUUGAGUUUUAUCCCUACGCAUAUUAUUUCUGUUCGAAAAAGGAUUGUAAAUGUAUGUUACUAAAUUACGAAAUGAAGGACAAUAAAUUCUGCUUCCUCUGUGACCACUCCAGGAUUAACCACUUCAAUUAUUUCAACAAAAGAAUCCUUAGACCUAUACAGUUGUUUGGUUACAAUGGGGAGGGAGUGACAAGUAUGUGUUAUUUAAAAAGUGAAGUUUUAGACAAAAUUUUAUUAAGGAGAACCAAAGGGGAAAGAAAAAAUGACAUUAAAUUGAGACCAUUACAUAUUAGAAUUAGAAAGGAUAAGUUAUCAAAUGAGGAAAAAGAUUUUUAUGAAUCCCUUUACAAACAAACCUCUACCCAGUUUGAUACUUAUGUGAAAUCCAACACCGUUUUACACAACUAUGCUCAUAUUUUUGAUUUGCUGAGCAGAUUAAGACAAGCUGCAGAUCAUCCCUAUUUGAUUUUGUUUGGAAAUUCUUUCCUUAGUGACCCCUCGGGUAAAUACAUAAAAAAGAAUUCCUCCAUCAUCCCAGCCAUUUCGAAUGACUAUGUAUGUGGCAUCUGUCUGGAGAAUGUCCCCAAGAAGAUCAACAUUAGUACCAAGUGUAACCACAAUUUUCAUAAGUCCUGUUUGAAGCAGUAUAUCGAGAGUUUCCAGGGGGGGGGCAACCGGGUGGGGGAGAGGGGUGAAGCCAGCGGUGAAGCUUGCGGUGUAGCCUUCGGCAAAGCUUGCAAUGAUGUUCAUGGUGACCCUUUUGAUGGUGAUUGUGGUGGGCCCCGCCCAGGCACAGUAACCAAGGCGCAUACCUUCCAUAUGGGGACCGAGUCAGGGGAGAACGGAGAGGAGAGUCUCUACGACAGAAACGAAAUCGUAUUCAAUGAAGACCCUUCCAUGAGUAGCACCACCAACGAAGUAGAUGGAAAGAAGCUAAAUAAAAAAUCCAAGUCCAUUUCUGUAGUCAAAUUUAAAGAUAAAGAAAAGAAACAGUUUGUUAGUCUGUUAAGUGAUGAGGAAUCAGCUAUGCAGGAUUUACCUCUAGGAUGUCCUGUGUGUUAUGUCCCCAUGACCGUUGAUUUUAAUCUGCUGAACCAGGUGGAAGAACAGGAUGAUGAAGAAAUUAUCGUAUGCAAAGAGGAAACUACCUAUAUUAAUAAAAGCUUUAUGAACCGUAUUAAUACAAAUGAGUAUAGAACAAGCACCAAAAUAGAAGCUGUCUUUGAGGAAGUACAAAAUGUCAUUCAUACGACGGAUGAUAAAUGCCUAAUAUUUUCACAGUAUUGCUCCAUGCUUGAUUUGAUUGAGUAUCAUUUGAAGAAAAACAACAUAAUAUGUUCGAAGCUGCUAGGUUACAUGUCCAUGGUAUCUAGGAAUAAUAUUCUUUACAACUUUAACGAAGAUAAGCAUUUGCGAGUUUUGCUUAUCAGUUUGAAGGCCGGUGGAGAGGGACUAAAUUUGCAAGUGGCCAACCGAAUCUUCAUCGUUGACCCGUGGUGGAACCCCGCUGCGGAGUUGCAGGCUAUUCAGAGAGCCCACCGGAUUGGUCAGACGAAGACUGUGUACGCCACACGCUUCAUCAUAGAGAACACCGUUGAGGAGAAAAUCGUGCAGCUCCAGAAUAAGAAGCAGCUCGUGUUCGACUGCACUAUUGGGGACUCUGGAAACGCGAUGCAGAAGUUGACCAAGGAGGACUUGGCGUUUCUCUUCCACGCGUAG